AUGGCUGCAACAUCCGGGCUCGCUUACAAAAGAAAACGUUUCAAUGGGGAGGUUCUUCAAGAACGCCUCUGGAACAACCCAGUCCUUAAAGCUCAUUUUGACUCAAGCCGUGAUGUUCACCAUUACAAAAAACUUACAUGUCCCACCAUUCGUGACCACGAUUUGGUCAAAGAGCAUUAUAGGCAAUUUACUGCCUACCUUCAACAACUCUUCGACGAAGGAAAGUCUGAAAAACCUCCUCAGGCUCCAGAAAUAGUUAUAGGGACCCCUUUGCCUACCCUUGAGUACAUGAAGGACUUUCUCUGCUAUCUAGCGUCGGCACUCCAGGGUAGAGACACCUCUACUUUCAUUCGUUACAAAACCCUGAGAGGUUACAUGUACACCUUUUUGGCUCUCUGGCCUUGCUAUGCGAACAUUCAUCCAACAACAGCAAUCCGCUAUCAACUUAACACUUAUAUUCAGUCCGACGAAUUGAAGACAUCUAUGAACCUUUCAACCAAGAUCAGGGAUUUGAAGCACGUUGAACCUCAAUGUCUUCAGAUCCUGAUGGAGACUCUUCAUUCAGCCUCAAACAUCUUCCGCUCUCACCAAACCCAGCUCCAGAUAGCUUUUCUUAUCCUUUUCUCUGCUGCUUCAGCUGCUCGUCCUGGUUCUAUCAUUGAAUCAAGUUGUUAUCAUGGUUCCAAUGAAGCUCUCACCUGGGGUGACCUUGAUUUCUAUCUCAUCCCUGAUGAUGAGGAUCCAGCCCAUCCCUCGCUUGUUGUCAACAUUCAGCUCAACCUUGUCAAGGGUUAUUGCGAAGUGGACCACAGAUAUCAAAAAGUUCUCUUCACCCUGGAAAUUCGCAAAGAGCAUCGUAUGACCUGCAUCAUUCUACCACUUCUUGGUCUUGCAUUCCAAGAUUCAGUUUUUGCUCAUUUCCACUCAGUUGACAGCCUGCUUUGCCCUGAAAGACCGCACACCACCCGUGUUAAGCUCCUUCUUCAAAACGAGGUGAUGAAUCUUCUUGUAUUUCGAAAGGAGGAACAAGGAGGAAUAUCUGAUACUGAGGCAAUGACUCAUGGUUCAUGGCUUUCUCAUUUAAAUAAACUGUCUAUUGCCGCAGGAUUCCCAAAGCCACUUACUCCUUAUGACCUGCAUGCAUCUCAGGGAAACAAAGCAGACGUGGAGCUUGGGGAAACAGCUAGAAAGACGCUCAUGUUACACGAUCCUAAAUCUCAAAACAAAUACAAGUCAAAAACAAUCACUGCCGACCUCUCUGCUGUAUCCAAUCGCAGAAAUCAAGACCAAAAUAAGGUCGAACUUUUUUGGCAAACUAUUGCUGUAUCAUCAGGUCGAGACACUAAUGCACAUAUGGAUCUUACGUUGAAGGAGAGGGAAAACCUUUUGAAUGAACCAGAGCUUGUCAAGUUACAAAACGAAAAGGAUAAGCCUCCUCAGGCCACAAACAAGAUUUGGCAAUUGCUAGCUAACAAACAAUCUGAAGAAGUCAAGGUUCAAAUCGCUGAGUUGCGCCGAAUUGCCGCCAAAGCCUAUAACACCCAUUGUGUCCUAUAUUGGGGAGAAUUGUGUUUACGUAUCAAACAAGCUCGUCAAAGAUUCUUUGAUGAAGCAUCUGUCCGUCAAAUGCUCAGUCCGUCGGAGCCAAUUCUGUUCAAAGGCCUGAUGGCUGGUAACUCAAAUGACAGCAAAUAUAGGAUUGAAUCCUCAUUCCUAAGUCUGGUCAAUGAUCUUGAUACUGGUGAUCUUGUCAGCGAUUAUUGCACACUGGUCAAUAUUCUUAUUUCACAGCCGGAACGAAUACUCUAUCAUAAAUUUUAUCCUGGAGAAAAACCUGACGAUGAAAACAAGUGUCCUCAUUGCUCACAAAUACUCACGAACCUGCCAUCCACUACCAAGCCAGGUGAACAGGUCCAUCACUGCACCCGAAAGGUUCUUUCAGAGAAGGCUACUGCUCAGGUUCAAGCACAGUUUACCCCCCAGGAAUGCAAAUAUGGACAUUGCUCUAAAUUUUUCAAUCAAUGGUCAGAGUUCAUAACCCAUCUGAUCAAGGCCAGUAUCUGUUACUCUCGUGGAUUGAUUCUGCUGACCCUAUUAUAG